AUACAUAGUAUGUCUAUAUCUAUUAUUGCGAAUAGAAAUUGUCGUUAGCUUGCAGAUUUUCCGGUAUCAUUCAAUUCAUUAGAAGUAUGGUUUUAUUGGUGUGAACAUAUUACUCAAAAUGAUUAUAGUUCAGAUAUUUUUAUAUGUGAUCCUUCAAGAACUAUGCGGAGUGACUUGUGCCAUAAUCGACCCACCUACGAAGCAUCCUAUCAACAACGUAAUCAACAAAGACAAAAAAAAUACGAGCAUUAUAGAAAUUCCUAUAGACGACAGAGCCGAAAUAGUUGCAUUUCAAGGGGGACAAGAUGAAAGCACCGUAAAAUAUAUGGGACAACAAGAAUCAUCGAAAAUUACUAAACUACCCGAAAAAAUGACCAUCUCAGCGCCGUAUCGUAAAAAAAUGUUAACCUCCAUCAUUCAUCCUCUUCCACGAACUAUGCAUGACAUCAUGCCACGGGAAUCUGCUCAUCCUCCACAUUUGGAUCAUAAAAAAGUACAUGAUGAUUUUUUGAAACACGAAGGUCCUAAGCUUCGAAAAAAGCUCCACCACCAUUAUACGGUCGAAGAAAUUCGACAAAGAAGGAGAGAACUCAAGGAAGAAUGGCGAGCGAGGCACAAUAAACUCUCGCAAGCUACCCCACACGGACUGCAUAACAAACAUGGUUACGACUUGAAAGUUGAAUCCAAACAUCUUUUGCCGAAUGCACAACAAGUUGCCAGGACGAAAGAAACAAUAAAUAGAAACGAAAGCUCAGAAGAUUCGAACCCCAAUAAAAAAAACUUUGCUCAUAUGUACGACCAAGGUACUCCUCGUACAAGGAGAAUCCUCGAGCAUAGAGAACCGCAAACACUUUCUGCUGAGAAUGGAGAUGAGACAUUCCAAUCCUCGCAAAAUAAUAAAUUAAAGGCUUUCCGAAUGAAUAACGGUAGAAAUUCAGAAAUUAAAUCAGAUGUUCCUGUUCACAGUGAAGACAACUUGGAUAUUUCAGCCGGAGCAAAAGUUUUGAUGACAAGAUCUUCAUCAGGUGAUGAUGAGAAGCGUAGAAAUGUGUACAAUAAGUUGGACCUUUCAUCUGCAAACAUUGACAUUGUGAAAAAAGAAAGUGGAGGAAUUUCUCCAGAACCUGAAAAUAGCAACCCCCCAACUGAAAAUGUUUUAGAGUCACCUAACGAAAUGGUUUCUUUUUCUGGGAUAACUAUAGGAAGAAAAAGGAGUAAAGUUUAUAGAUCUGUUGCUCGAAAAACCACAACAGAAUCUCCAUCGCCAGUUGUCGAUGAUGUAGUAAGUGUUAAAAUAGACACUUCUAAAACAAACGAACAAGAAGUAUAUACAAUAAGAAUCGACACGCCUCCUUUCUAUAGAAACCUCACUCCCGAAGAAAAGUUUCUUUACCAAAAACCUAUUUUCACUUAUGGUAAAUCCGCUGAACAAGUGGGUUCUAUAGAUAUACAUCCUGGAUUGGAAAAUGAACAAGUAACUAUUAAAAUUGACGAACCACCGUACUACAGAAAUCUAACGCAUGAGGAAAAAAUCCUCAUACAGAGACCACUUUUCGGUCUUGGAAAAUCAGCAGAACAAGUAGGUUCUAUAGAUAUUCAUCCUGGAUUAGAAAACGAACAAGUAACUAUUAAAAUUGACACUCCACCGUACUACAGAAAUCUAACGCAUGAGGAAAAAAUCCUCAUACAGAGACCACUUUGGGGUCUUGGAAAAUCAGCAGAACAAGUAGGUUCUAUAGAUAUACACCCUGGAUUGGAAAACGAACAAGUAACUAUUAAAAUUGACGAACCACCGUACUACAGAAAUCUAACGCAUGAGGAAAAAAUCCUCAUACAGAGACCACUUUGGGGUCUUGGCAAAUCAGCAGAACAAGUAGGUUCUAUAGAUAUACAUCCUGGAUUAGAAAACGAACAAGUAACUAUUAAAAUUGACACUCCACCGUACUACAGGAAUCUAACGCAUGAAGAAAAAAUCCUCAUACAGAGACCACUUUUCGGUCUUGGAAAAUCAGCAGAACAAGUAGGUUCUAUAGACAUACAUCCUGGAUUAGAAAACGAACAAGUAACUAUUAAAAUUGACACUCCACCGUACUACAGAAAUCUAACGCAUGAGGAAAAAAUCCUCUUACAGAGACCACUUUUCGGUCUUGGAAAAUCAGCAGAACAAGUAGGUUCUAUUGAUAUACAUCCUGGAUUAGAAAACGAACAAGUAACUAUAAAAAUUGAUACUCCACCGUACUACAGGAAUCUAACGCAUGAAGAAAAAAUCCUCAUACAGAGACCACUUUUCGGUCUUGGAAAAUCAGCAGAACAAGUAGGUUCUAUAGACAUACAUCCUGGAUUAGAAAACGAACAAGUAACUAUAAAAAUUGAUACUCCACCAUACUACAGAAAUCUAACGCAUGAGGAAAAAAUCCUCAUACAGAGACCACUUUUCGGUCUUGGAAAAUCAGCAGAACAAGUAGGUUCUAUAGAUAUACAUCCUGGAUUAGAAAACGAACAAGUAACUAUUAAAAUUGACACUCCACCAUACUAUAGGAAUUUAACGUAUGAGGAGAAGAUACUCAUACAAAGACCACUUUGGGGCCUUGGUAAAUCAGCAGAACAAGUAGGUUCUAUUGAUAUACAUCCUGGACUGGAAAACGAGCAAGUCACCAUCAAAAUUGACACUCCACCCUUCUACAGAAACUUAACUUAUGAGGAAAAAAUACUCAUACAAAGGCCACUUUUUGGCCUUGGUAAAUCAGCAGAACAAGUAGAUUCCUUAGAAUCAUAUCAAGAUAUUGGGAAUGAACAAGUCACCAUGAGAAUAAAUAUUCCAGCAAAAAAAACAAUUCCAAAUCAGAGAGAAAUCUUCACAGAUAAAUCACAAGGUGGUCUUGGCAAGCCGGAUGGAAAACAGGUUUUCAAAAAUGAAAAAUUACUAGAAGAUCCGGUACAACUUGAGGAAGAAUCACAGUGGAAGGAGAAUCUAAAAAGAGCGGUAAAAAGUAGAUUGCGGAAACUGAGAAGGGAUUCGGGCGAACUAAUGGAGUGACUUAUGUAAUUUUUAUACUUUUAUUUCUCCAAUAACACAACGGUGUAGUUUGUCCAGAUCGAAAAGAAUCAAUGUUUUUAUACUUUCUUAAGAAAAGUUAUGCUUCGAAUUGAAAUAAAUCUUGAAAAUAA